AUGAAGCGGUUCGCCGUGCUCGGUGUGCCUGUUUCUCCUUGCUGCAGCCAGCAGUUGCUGCACGCCACUGCCCGCACUAACAUUAUUGUGCCGCGGCGCUGCAAGGCAACGUUUCUCCGCGUCGCCAACCGCAAGCGUGUGGAGAUGUUCGUUGGGAAGCGAUUCCAUCUGCCAACGCGGCUAAAAACGGCCGCCCCAGAGAUCGCGAUGGAGUGGGACCACGACAAGAACCCAAUGCACCUCUAUCCUGAGAUCAUCGGCAUCGGCCAUGUGUCGCCUGUCUGGUGGAAAUGUGCCGCAUGCCAGCACUCCUACUCGAUGAGUGUCGAGAAACGCGUUGUGCGGGGUGGUGGGUGUCCUGUUUGCACUGCAGCUGCAAAGAAUGCCGCUGCACCGACGGAAGGCACCCUUGAGGGCGAAGCUGCCAGGGAGCUUCGUCCAAAAAGGUCGGUAAUGUUCAACAUGCGAACAAAGUAUUGA